AGAAAACACGGUCACACUGUUAGUAUUCAAUUCGCUUACAAGUCGUGAGAAUGUCGGUGCGCAGCAGCAUGAAUCAGGAUUAUACGAUCAUCAGCCGAUGGAUGCACAAAACUCGAGUGGCAAAACGCUCUUAAGGAUAACGGCUCCAUCACCCAAAUGUAUGAAGAAUACAUUGAUUUUACAAACAACGCAGAUCAUUUUAAAAAGUUUAUAAAUUUGCUGUACGAAUAUUGUCCGAAUCUGUCGCAUGUUCGCCUGGUGUUUUCUGGCGAAAUCAACGAUGUCCCAGAAUGUGGUCUCGUGGAAGCCGUUUUACGGUUACCAAAUGUUCAGUGCUUAACCCUAAUUGAUGCUCCUUCAAUAGCGUUGUUUGAACUGCAAAAUGAUUCGAAUCAAUUGACAACAUUGAAUUUAUGUGGCGUUGAUAAGGAAAUAAAGAGUUCUACAAACUCUUUAGGUGGUAUACUUGGAUCUAUGAAAAAGCUGCAUAGUUUUGUUUAUAACCACAAAGACGACAACGAUCAAAUCGUUGAAACUUUGGCUCAUUUACCAAAUCUGAAAGCACUAACGUUACUAUAUUUGCCCCGGAGCGAAUUUUUGCAAUUGAAAAAAUGCAAGCAACUGGAAGUAUUGUACAUUUACAAUACCUAUGAAAAAGUCAGCACUGAAGACUUCUUAGAUGUCUUCUCAUCAAUGAGAAAUUUGCAUACUUUAUCAAUAGUAUUUUUGGAGGAGAAUAUGCAUUUAACCAAGAAAUUUUAUAAAUUGAGAGAGUUUUGCCCACAACUUACUUGCCUUACCCUGAAUUGUUGUUUGGAUAAGUUUGGAGACUUCGCAAAACUAAAAUAUCUGAAAAUUGAUGACGACGUGUGGUCGGUUCAAUUGGAUAAAUUGUUGACAAAUCUUUGCCCCAUUUACGCUAAACGAUUACAAAUCUUGGACAUAAGCAAAGCCCAUGCAAAUUCAACUAAAUUUAUGAGGCUAAAAAACUUAAAAGGGUUUCUAUGUGGAAAAUGUCCAAAAAGUUUUUAUUCAUAUUUUUCGGAAUUGUUGAAACUUGAAUUCUUGUCUUUUGAAAUAUUUGAAGAAAACUUAAACCAAAUCACAAAAAUAAUCAAUUCAUGCAGUCAACUGAGAUAUCUGCGCCUGCCCCUAAAAAUUGAAGAUGUUGGCGAUCUGGUUAAGAUUUUACCAGAUAUUCUAUCUUGGCGUAACAUUGAACCCGAUAAUCCAUUUGUGCUGUCUCUGGGUAUUGGCUCUGUAGUUGGUGAAAUAGAAGAUGAGCUAAAAAUGCAUCCACAUGGGAACUUACUGCAGUUGGACUGGAAUGGGAAAGUGUUUACCUCUAAGCUGAAAGAGCUAAUCGCUUCGUUAGGAAGAAAUGCGAAUGAAGAAACUGCAAUGAAAACGAAAACUAUAUUUCAAAAUCCUUGCAAAAUGGCUGGUGAUGGUUUAAGCUUAGGCGAUCGUUGGAUGUCGAAUGCCAAUUACAAAAUUGCUCUUAAAUCGUGUAGUAAGAAAUUUAGUCUGGAGUAUGAUGAGGAAUUGAUUAACAGAUGCCGAAAUAAGACUAUUAACAAUACUGAUUAUGAGCUAUCGAACCAGAUAGAUGCUUUUAAUUUCAAGUAUCAUGCUCUUGAUGAACACAAUGAGCUAUAAGAAAUGAAAAUUUAAUUGGUAGUUUUGUAAUAUUACUUUUUCUAAAACUACAGUGAAAAUGGAUUUUU